GGCCAGUCUACUGGACCCUAGGCCCCACAGCGGUCCAUUCAAAACUGUGGACUUGGCGAAAAUGCCUUCUUCUAUGAAACCCUUUUGCGUGUGUGGAUCAAUCACCCCAUCAAUAGUCUGAUGUAUUACUUUGGGCGAUUACCACUUUGUAGAAAUCCAUGAAAUUUUUGUUUCAGUUUCAACCAGAAUGGAUGAAACUGUCUUGUAUCCAGCUGCCAGCACGUGAUUUAUGCAGUGAGCAUUACUACUUCUCAGUGGGCAUUGCCAAAUAUGAAAGUUAUUACCUCUUAGAGGGACAGAAUUACUCCAUUGGAAGAAAAGAUUGUCAGAUCCUGAUCCUUAAUGACAGCUCUGUGAGCCGGAAGCAUGCAACACUGACUGUGACACACUCGGAUGCCAAUCUGAGCAAACCAGAAGUGAAGCCGGUUCUCACCUUGAUUGACUCCUCCAAGUUUGGCUCCCUGAGAAAUGGAAGCAAGGUCGCCAUUGGAAGCAACACCAACCUCGAAGACGGUGAUCGCAUUGUCUUUGGAGCCAUGAACUCCAAUCAGUGGAGAGUGACCUACGAGCCGCUGGUGGUAGCCUUCUCAUCUCUCCCGUCGGCCGACAAGAAGGCCUUGAAGUCCUUGACCCGUAAACUGGGAGGUCACGUGGUGCCCGAGUGGAGUAAAGAAUGCACGCACCUGGUCAUGACGCAGCUUACAGUCACCAUUAAAGUGAUUGGUGCCCUGGUUACGUGUCGGCCUGUUGUCACUCCGGAAUAUUUACGCAGGAUGGAGGAAGCAGCAUCCAACCACACACAGAUGCCUGAUCCCACUGAUUUCCAGCCAGUCGUGGCUGAGACAGCCAUCAAGGAAGAUGAUGUGUGUUUUCAGGCGAACCCGGACCGUAGGACACUCUUCCAAGGAAAGACAGCUAUAUUCCUGGCGCAGAAACAGUUCAAGCAGCUGGGUCACACAGUGAGACUGGCAGGAGGCAAGGUACUUCUCAUUGAGGAAGGAGUGACCAAGAAGGAGGAGCGUCUUCUGGUAGACGCCAAUACCAUCGUCAUGUAUGCUGACCCUCAGGACCAGAGCCAGGUCAUGACCCAGGCUGGCCAGGAAUGGGUCACCCAGGUCAUGAACCUUUUGAAAACCGGCCUGACCCUCAUUCAUCCCGUGGCAGCUCCUUCUCUGCCGACUCAAGACGUCUUGGCCUCUCAGACCCAGCCCUCAGAACUCCCCAGAUCCCACACGGCCACAAAGAGCAAGCUGGGCUCGUCAAGGAGUCCUCUACGGUCCGUGGGCCAGAGGGAGGAACCGGAUGAGGCUGGAGACAGACUGGAGCAGACUUCAUCCAAGAAAAGGUUACGAGGUGAUGACGAUGCUGCCAACUUUGCCUCACCAUCCAAAGUCCUCAGGAGGGAAUCGAGUAAGCUAAGCAAGACACCAUCAACUCCGGUCACUGCCCCUGGUCCAGCAGGAACCAACAUUGGCCCUAUCCCAGGAACAUCCCCAGAGCUGCCUUACAUAGGCAAACCAAUAUUGCAAACAAGGGAGGAAAAGUCUGCUAACUUUAAGGAUGUGUUAAAGACCGACAUCAAAGACGAAAAAGAGAGUAGAAAAUCAUCGCCCGUCGCCAAGAAACGAGAAACUGUUGCCACUACCUUUCAGAAUAGGUUAAGUAGAAGCUCUGUCAAGCCUGAGAAAGAAGAAAGAGCAGCUGCCAUCGAAGAUUCUUUGUACCAGGGGCCUUCCGUUAAAGAUGACUUCUUCUCGCCUUCAGAAAGGAUCAGUGAGACGAGAUCACGAAUCAAGAGGGAGAAUGACUCGAAAGAAAACCCCCACAAACCAACGGAGGACAUCAUCGAGUCGGUGGUCGCUGAGACCGAAGACGAUGUCAUCCCUCCAUCAGGAGUCGAAGGAAGAGGCAAGAGGUUGGGCAGGGGAGUGCAGGAUUCAGUUGUCGUGGAAACAGAUGAGGUCAGGGAGGAAGAGGAGAGAGGCAUGGAGCGAGGGAUGUGGAAGAAAAAGGCUAAGAAGAGCAGACCGAUUGAAGAGUCAGAGCCAGCAAGUCCUCAAGAUCCUACUUUGCCCUGCAACGUUGCCGUGGUCGAGAGGGUCACCCUGGCUGUCAGAAGACUAGCAGUGAAUGGAACUCAUUCCGCAGUCGGAAAGAAGGGAGUCAACAACUUCAAAAAGUUCCGAAAGGCAAGCUAUGCAGGCCAGCACAGCAUGCCUCGCAUCAUCGGUGGCUCGGACUUGGAGCAUCGUGGCGUCGGACACAUCCGGGAAGCGGAGGAAAUGAUGGAACAGGAGCGACAGACAUUACACAAACGACAUAAAGAAAGGAACCUUGCCGAUCAGCUGUUUGACUGGGAUCCUAAGCCCAAACGGCGCCGCUAGUAACCGACAUGCAACCAGUCAAGAUUCCCUGCCAGUGAAGCUCAGCUUGCCUUACCUCCAACAUGGCUGCACUGCCGUCAGUGCCGAAACACCGUAACUCCAGAUCACAGGAAUUGCGAGUACAAACACACAAUUAACCCUUGGUGACGGAGUUAUGACCUAGUGGACCCCAAGGCUCACAAAGCACCAGCUAGGGAUUCCGGCCCCAAAAGCAAUCAGCUAGGGAGCCUCAGACCUCUCUGAAAGGGUAUUGGCUCCCUACACAAACUCAAGAGGGUGCACUGUCCUGUCAAAGGUUGGUCAAAAUCUUAUGCAAUAUUGGAAUAUUAAAAAGAGUCAAUUAAACCUCUUUCUAAAGAGGCAGAAAAAAAUACAGUAAUGCAUUUUUAGGGUUGCUAAAUUUUGUUUAAUAGCGUCAGUUUUGACAUUUUUGGAAAGGUUAACCGAUAGUUUUCUUCAAAAUUCACCUCUUUGGUGAAUAUUUUUGACAAGUUGGGGCAAAACAAAUUGUCGGAUGUUAAUCUUUCAAGCUUGUUUUACUCUGAUGGAAAUUUGACAGGCUAUUGGGUUUACUGUAGACCGUAUAUAUAUUGCUUCCAAUUCAGAGCCCCAAAACAUUAUUUCAAGUUCACUGUAUAUUUUGGCACACAAAGAACAUUGUAUAAUGCUGUUGAUUCUUCUUGGGGAGUGUGGAUAAUUUGAGAUCUCACCCUCUGUCUGGGGGAAUUUUUCUACAUUUUGAGAAAUUGAAUAGGUUGUUUUCAUGAAAUCCUUUCCUUCGUGAUCAUAUUUUGUAAUACAUGAUAGGUCAGGGUUGAGAUGGACUUCCAACUGAACAUUGCAGUCACUGCAUUUUUGAUGCAAUAUACAAGCAAGUUUAUUACGUUUUCUACCACAUCAGGCCCAGUAAGACUAGUUUUCACAAAGACAACUCAAAUUUGAACGACAACACACCGCAAUCGUAUCCACCAACUACAGCCUCACUUUUCUGAAGCAAGAUAUGAUGUCAAGUGAAAAUGAAUCAAAAAUUAAACACCACCAAAUACAUCAAAUGCACACAGAUUAGCUUAAAAAUUAUGAUGUAUUUUGAAGACGGUUGUACACAUUUUUAAAUGCUUAGAAAAACCAACUUAUUGCUUUUAGAAAGUUCUACAGUACGUAGUGAAACCCAAAACUACAAAAUUAAGAGUUCUUGAACGAUUGGGAGGGAGAAAACUUAUUUUCCCUGGCAACAAAAGUUUUACAUCAUUGCACAGUAUGAGAUUUAAGUUAAACUGGGACAAUGCUUUCCGCAAUAACACUACGCAUAUUUGUGGAGAGAAAAUGGAACAAAUUCCAUGGCAAACUCAACCAGCUAUAUACGUUUUUGUCCCACUUUAACAAUUUUAACGUGUAUCAUAGGACAUUCUAUGCUGCCAUUAAGUUGUCUACCCGACUAUACAUAAACUACAAUUCAUGCUCUCUUGUUACUUACAAUAGUUGCCGAAAUACAAAACUUAACUAAAUCUUAUCAGUAUUUUCUUUUUAUGUCACAAAAGAGGUCAAUAGACUCUACCAAGCAGUGUCAUCCAAUGCAAGGUUACUUUUAGGACAACGUACAUAAAAUCGUUGUUAGCUAUGGCUUUUCUCAACAGUUUCCUGUCAAUUCAUGGUCACCUGCGCCUUCUAAUAACAUUGUUUAUAAAGGUCUUGCGAUUCCAACUUGAUUAUUAACAUCAGUCAGGGUUUUGUGUUUACAAAAGGCCACUUAAGUUGUGAAAGUUUCCUUGGGAAAAAAAACUACCCGUCUAUUCAUUGCUCCAGCUCAGAUGCCCAACAAUAAAUCGGGAGCCAACCCAACGAAAAUGAGGCACAAGUCACCAGAGCCACUUCGGAGAAGAAUCUUACACAAUGCAACUCGCUCUCUAGGAAGCAGUCAAACUUUUUCACGCAUCUAAUGCCUAUUAUUAUCAAGACACACAAGCUGCAAGUGAUACAACAAUAGCUGUAAUCUCAGUGCGCUCUUUGUAAUCGAAACUAAAAUAUUUACCCCCACAAAAUGGCCUUGAGUGGGGACCUGAUCACGAAUUGGAGGUCAAUAAACUACAUCAGCUACAUGGAAUAACUAUGCUCUUGAUGGCUACCGUGCAGACACAAAACUCCAUCCUUCAAGUAACCAUCAAGUAACACACUGGCUAUGGCACAUACAGAAAGAUCAUAAAUAUACGCAUUAUAUUCUACAAACACGGGAACAUCAGUCAAGACGCUGUUUACAUGGAUGUCAAACACCUUACAAACAUACAAGCAACAAUUUUCAAAGCUUUCACAUUAUUUUAGGCUUACUGUUACACAGACAGUACCGCUACUGCAAACACUGACCACAUUUUGCCAAAAAAAAGCCACUACAUGUAUGCAGUCACAAUCUAAACAUAAUUUUUCCUAUUCUAUAUUGCAUAAAUUGUAAUAAAAAGUAACUAAAAUGCAACUAGAGGAUUGCAUAUAAAGUCUACAAAACUGAACGUUCACAUCCAGUGCUACAUUAGCAUAUAAAGUUUAACUAUUCCUAAAACCAAAGGAUUCCUCAACACUCUUGCGUGUUAUUAAACUUGCUCAUAAUGAACAAUUUUGUAGUCACUCAGUGUACCCUAAUAUGUACU